AUGGCUAUUCGUCCUUUGAUCGGUCUUCUUGCUUCAUUCAUGGUCAUGGCCAUUGUGAGCCAUGUCGCGGCUGAUUCACCACUUGAUCGUUAUUGGAACACUGCUUUACCAAACACUCCCAUGCCCAACUCUCUCCACAAUCUUUUGACCACCGAUUUCACCGACGAGAAAAGCACCAACGUCCAAGUAGGAAAAGGCGGCGUAAACGUUAACACCGGAAAAGGUAAACCCGGCGGUGGAACCGCCGUGAAUGUCGGAAAAGGAGGUGUACACGUUGACACCGGAAAGGGUAAGGGAACACACGUGAGCGUUAGCGGCGGAAAAGGUCACGGCGGAGGCGUCGCCGUCCACACCGGGAAACCCGGUAAGAGAACCGACGUAGGAGUCGGUAAAGGCGGCGUGACGGUGCGCACGCGCCAUAAGGGCAGACCGGUCUACGUCGGUGUGACACCAGGACCCAAUCCUUUUGUGUAUAACUACGCAGCGAGUGAGACUCAGCUUCACGAUGAUCCCAACGCGGCUCUCUUCUUCUUGGAGAAGGACUUGGUUCCCGGAAAAGCUAUGAACGUCCGGUUUAAUGCAGAGGACGGUUACGGCGGCAAAACGGCGUUCUUGCCUAGUGGUGAAACGGUGCCGUUUGGUUCGGAGAAGUUUUCGCAGAUCUUGAACACUCUCUCGGUGAAACCUGGUUCCGAAGAAGCGGAGAUGAUGAAGAAAACGAUCGAAGAGUGUGAAGCCAAAAGAGUCGGUGGAGAGGAGAAGUAUUGUGCGACGUCUUUGGAGUCAAUGGUCGAUUUCAGCGUUUCUAAACUUGGCAAAGAUCACCUACGAGCUGUUUCCACUGAGGUAGGUAAGAAGAAUUUGCCGAUGCAGAGUUACAAAAUCGCGGCGGCGGGAGUAAAGAAGUUGUCGGACGACAAAUCGGUGGUUUGUCACAAACAAAAGUACCCAUUCGCGGUGUUCUACUGCCACAAAGCCAUGAUGACAAGUGUCUACGCGGUUCCGCUCCAAGGAGAGGACGGGACACGGGCUAAAGCGGUUGCGGUCUGCCACAAGAACACAUCGGCUUGGAACCCAAACCACUUGGCCUUCAAAGUCCUUAAGGUGAAGCCAGGGACCGUUCCGGUCUGCCAUUUCCUCCCAGAGACCCAUGUUGUGUGGUUCAACUACUAG